AGGAGUAGCCUAUUUUCCCAGAUAGUCCUUCUAUCGAGCGGCUCCCCAAAAGAGAGCAACCCCGCCGCCAGGAAAAGCGCUCAGGUAGCGUCAUAAGCGGGUGGGCCAAUAGGAGGGAAGGCGCCGCCUGCUUCCAGAUAGCCAUGGCCGCUCUCUCCAGCCGCCCCCUGGCCGAAGUGCAGCGCCGCGUGACCGAGGUGCAUCACCAAAGAGAUCUGCAGCAGCAGCUGCGCUUCUACAACGGCUGGGCCAAAGACUAUGACCAGGAUGUGGCAGUGUUGCAAUACCAAGCCCCAAGUCUGGCUGCUGCUUUCUUGGCCUCCAUUUUCCAGGGUUCACCAGAGAAUGCAUUAGUGCUGGAUGUGGCCUGUGGCACAGGACUUGUGGCACAGGAGCUUCAAGCAAAAGGUUUUCGCCAUUUCCAUGGCCUGGAUGGCAGCCAGGAGAUGUUGGAACAUGCACAGCACAAAGGACUGUACGAGGAUUUGAAGUUGUGCUUGCUAGGCCAGGGAACCUUACCAGCUCCUGAAGGCUCCUACGAUGCUACUGUGAUUGUGGGUGCACUCAGUGAGGGACAUGUACCCUCUGGUGUCAUUCCUCAGCUUCUUCUGGUCACCAAACCAGACUGGUGUGCUUGGUUGAGUUCGUUGAAUGCUAUGUGCUACCUUAACGUCGUCAACCUGAAUGACCUGGAGCAGCAAGGAUUGUGGGAAAAGGUUGGGAUGCAGGAAGUUGAAAAAUGGGAGAGAGCAACAUCACAUCAGGAAUCCGAUCAGGGGUCGGACUAUAUCUCUGGCGUGGUCUACAUAUAUCGAAAAAAAAUAAAAAGUCUGGUUUAAACUCUUCAUUCCUCUUCAUGUUGGAAGACCCUUCUAGGCAAAUUCUGGAGCCCCCUCAUGAAAGGCUUAGCCUCACCCUAACUAGCUUCAAGAUCUGUACUUUUUAAAAACAAAAUGUGAAGCGGUAAUAAAGCAGGCUGGACCAUG